GGAAGAGCAACUGUUGAAAGUGUACAGGGUUUGAUGGAUGAGCAAGGGAUUUUUUGUAUGUUCUUGAAAUAAAUAUUCUAGCUACAUUUUCUUUCUCAACAACGUCGGUUUAUUUAACGAAGUAGACAUGCCUUUAUUUGCGCAGAAUCCAUUCGACCAAGAUGUUGGUAAGUUGAGCGCUUCAUUUGGCAUUUUGGUUCGGAGUAACCUAGCGUAACUACGGUAGCUUCGUAUUUAGCGGAACCACUAGCCCGCGAGCUAACAACAACUAGCUAGCUAACGUUAGCCAGGCUACACUUCUGUAGCUAGUUACCUUGAAAUUCUGAUCAAAUGUGAGAUUAUCCACAUAGCUAGCUAGUUAUGCGGUUUGGUAAACUGUAGCAGACAGUCAUCGGUCAGACUAUGUGCUAGCUAUGUUAGCGAGCGACUACCGUUAGCUAACUACUAAUAGCUACGCUAGUUGUGUCAUCACUUUAUCGUAAUCAACAAUUUUCAAUAACAAGACUGCCUAAACUGCAACAAUAUCACGCAUUCAACAAGAACAACAUUAUCUAGCUAGUUAGUUAAAUUAGCUAGAUUAAUUCGUGAGUUGGAUUAGUUUUAGGUUUACUGAAAGGGAAGUAACGUUAGUAUCUUGUAUACAUUCGGAAAAUAUUCCACAUUUUGUUACGUUACAGCCUUAUUCUAAAAUGGAUGUAAAAAAAUGUUAUCCUCAUCAAUCUACAGACAAUACCCCAUAAUGACAAAGCGAAAAUAGGUUUGACAAAGCGAAAAUAGGUUUUUAGAAAUCUGUCUAUAUAAGGUCCCACAGUUGACAGUGCAUGUCAGAGCAAAAACCAAGCCAUGAGGUCGAAGGAAUUGGCCAUAGAGCUCAGAGACAGGAUUGUGUCGAGGCACAGAUCUGGAGAAGGGUAGCAACACUUUUCUGCAGCAUUGAAGGUCCCCAAGAACACAGUGCCCUCAUCAUUCUUAAAUGGAAGAAGUUUGGAACCACCAAGACCCUUCUUAGAGCUGGCCACCUGGCCAAACUGAGCAAUCGGGGGAGAAGGGCCUUGGUCUGGGAGGUGACCAAGAACCCAAUGGUCACUCUGACAGAGCUCCACAGUUCCUCUGUGGAGAUGGGAGAACCUUCCAGAAGGACAACCAUCUGUGCAGCGCUCUAUCAAUUGGGCCUUUAAGGUAGAGUGGCCAGACGGAAGCCACUCCUCAGUAUAAGGCACAUGACAGCCCACUUGGAAUUUCUCUGGUCUGAUGAAACCAAGAUUUAACUCUUUGGCCUGAAUGCCAAGUGUCACGUCUGGAGUAAACCUGGCACCAUCCCUACGGUGAAGCAUGGUGGUAGCAGCAUCAUGCUGUGGGGAUGAUUUCAGCGGCAGGGACUCGGAGACAAGUCAGAUCGAGGGAAAGAUUAAUGGAGCAAAGUACAGAGAGAUCCUUGAUGAAAACCUGCUCCACAGCGCUCAGGACCUCAGACUGGGGUAAAGGUUCACCUUCAACAGGACAACGACCCUAAGCGCACACAGUCAAGACAACGCAGGAGUGGCUUCGGGGCAAGUCCCUGAAUGUCCUUGAGUGGCCGAGCCAGAGCCCGGACUUGAACCCGAUCUAACAUAUCUGGAAAGACCUGAAAAUAGCUGUGCAGCGACGCUCCCCAUCCAACCUGACAGAGCUUGAGAGCAUCUGCAGAGAAGAAUGAGAGAAACUCCCCAAAUACAGGUGUGCCAAGCUUGUAGCGUCAUAUCCAAGAAGACACAAGGCUGUAAUAGCUGACAAAGGUGCUUCAACAAAGUACUGAGUAAAUUGUCUGAAUAGUUAUGUAAAUGUGAUAUUUCAGGGUUUUUUGUGUUUUGGUUUUUACAAAUUUGUAUAAAAAAACCUCAACUCAAAACUUGUUUUUGCUUUGUCAUUAUGGGGUACUGUGUGUAGAUUGAUGAGGGGGAAAAAAAACUAUUUUAUCAAUUUUAGAAUAAGGCUGUAACGUAAAACAAUGUGGAAAAGGUCAAGGGGUCUGAAUACUUUCUGAUUGCACUGUAGCUAGCAAGCUUAACCCUCUCUAGUAUGAGCAGUUUAGCCAUCAUCUUUGGAACAGAAGCUCUCGUAUAUCUCAUAGUGUCCUUGUAGCUACAGCAAUAUGAAUUUCACUCUGUACAAAAAUAUAUAGUUAGCCAUGUGUAAUGGCUUUAUCAUCACAAAUAAAAUCUGUGUAUUGGUCACGUACACAGAUUUGCAGGUGCAGCGGAAUGCUUGUGUUUCUAGCUCCAACAAAAAUGUGCAGUAAUAAAUAAUACCUACCAAUCACAUAAUCCCAAAAGUAAACAAAUAAAAAUAAAGCCUGGUCCGGGAAGUCGAAUUUCUUGGGAGUGACCGUAGAUUUGAUUGUCGUCUAUAAGUAAUAAUACAAUAAAUGUUCUGAGCAAAUAAAAAAUACUGCUAAGUUGGCUAAGAGCUAGAAACAUGGCGACUGUGUCUGUCGGCACCAUCUUGUAUCACAAAUCAGAUAAGGAAUAAUUAACUUUAUUCCUAGUCUAGUCAUACAACUUCCAGAAUUAUGUAUUAACUGUCAAUCCUGUAAAAAAUAUCGUGGUGAACUAGAAGUAUAAUAGAGAGGUAAUGUUGGCCCAACACAGUACAUGCCAACCACAGAUUGUAUUUUCCCAACUAACCACAUGUAUCCCGGUGUACCACAUUUUCAGAGAAAGCCACCAAUGAAACCAAUACAGUGGAGGACUGGGCCCUGAUUAUGGAUAUCUGUGACAGAGUUGGACAGACACCCAAUGGGUAAGCUGAAAUGCGACUUCCUAUUUCUAAAAUAUCAGCAUUGUUUACAUCACUUGUCAAACUCAUUCCACUGAGGGCCGAGUGUCUGCUGGUUUUCGCUCCUCCCUUGUACUUGAUUGAUGAAUUAAGGUCACUGAUUAGUAAAGAACUCCCCUCACCUGGUUGUCUAGGCCUUAAUUAAAAAGAAAAACCAAAAACCUGCAGACACUAGGCCCACCAUGAAAUGAGUUUGACACCCCUGAUUUACAUGAACCAGAGCACUAGGGGCAUUUCCUGCAGAAAAUAAUUAGCUUAUUUCCAAGUAGCCUAUUUGUGAUUAUGUGCAGCUAGGCAAUAGACUCUAACCCAGUGGUAUUCAAAGUCGGGGUCGUGACCCUACUGGAGGAACUGCAGUGGGGUUGGCAAUUUUUUUUCUUCUAAAAUAAGGUGGGGUUUUUUAAACCAAAAAUGAAGAGUACAGAUAAUUGUAUGGGACAAUAUACAAACUUUUUUGAGAAAGAUAAUUUGAAAAUACAAUUUUAUUGACUACAUUUGUUUUAGUUUAAUCUUGAUAUGAGAUGAACAUUGAAUGAAUUGAAGGUUAUUUGUUGAUGUACAGAUUGAAAUGUACCUAUUUUAAGGUUGUCAUUAUUGGUGGGGUGGGUUCAUUAGAAAUUAUUGUGGGGAAAAAUGGGGUCCCCAGAAAUUCUGCCAGAAAAAAUGGGGUCCCCGCUGAACAAGUUUUAAUGCCACUUCUCUAACCUAACUCCAGGACUCAAGUUUGGAGGUUAUGGGUUAUGAUAUAUAUUUUUUUAUAGCAAUGGCAUUGAAUAGCAAUAACUCAAAAUGCAAUUCAUAACUGUACGAAAAAGUACAACAAUGUAUGCACUCACUACUGGAAUUUGCUCUGGAUAAGAGCAUCUACUAAAUGUAAAUACAGUGCCUUCAGAAAGUAUUCAUACCCCUUGACUUAUUCAACAUUUUGUUGUUACAGCCUGAAUUCAAAAUUGAUUAAAUAUUAAUGUUUUACCCAUCUACACACACAAUACACCAUAAUGACAAAGUGAAAACAUGUUUUUAGACAUUUUUGCACAUUUAUUGAAAAUUAAAUAGAUAUCAUUUACAUAAGUAUUCACACCCCUGAGUCAAUACUUUAUAGAAACACCUUUUCCAACGAUUACAGAUUUGAGUCGUCUGUAUCAGCUUUGCACAUCUGAUUUUGGGGAUUUCCUUGCAGGUUUUCUUAAACUCUGUUAAGUUAGAUGGAGUACAAAUUCUUAUUUACAAUAACGGCUUACACCGGCAAAACCCGGACGACGCUGGGUCAAUUGUGCACUGCCCUACGGGACUCCCAAUCACGGCCGGUUGUGAUACAGCCUGGAAUCGAACCAGGGGGUCUGUAGUGACGCCUCAAGCACUGAGAUUUAGUGCCUUAGACCGCUGCGCCACUCGGGAGCCCUAAUGGGAUUCAAGUCUGGGCUUUGGCUGGGCCACUCAAGGACUUUCGCAUUCUUGUUCUGAAUCCAUUCCAGUGUUGCUUUGGCUGUAUUAGCAAAAAUGUCUAAACUUAUUUUCACUUUGGUAUUGUGUGUUGAUGGGUAAAAAAAUAAUCUAUUUAAUCAAUUUUGAAUUCAGGCUGUAACACAUCAAAAUGUGGAAUAAGUAAAGGGGUAUGAAUACUUUCUGAAGGCACUGUAACUGUAUAUUGAAGAUGGUAUACUUUUGGAAAACUCAUGUAGGAAUAACCUUCUACUUGUUCCAUAAUAACCACGUCUCUACCUGCCAUUCUUCUCCCAGAGCCAAGGACUGCCUGAGGUCUGUGAUGAAGCGAGUCAACCACAAGGUCCCACACGUCGCCAUGCAGGCCCUCACCGUGAGUUCUGAUAACUUACUUUAUUAUUGAUUGUGUUGUUCAAGACACCUGGAGCAAAAGCUGCAUAUCAUUUGGUAGGCCGUUGGUAAACCUACUGCCUAACUGUAUAACAGGUUUAUUAAUAAAGCCAAUGUCAAUAGAGAAAUGGUCUGGAAAAGAUGUGGGGUUAUUGUAAGGUUAGGUGUUUUACUCUGCAUGGUGUCAGGCCCUGGAGCUUGUUGAGUGACUGUGAUCAUAGACACAGUUAAUGAGUAAUGCAUCCUGCUAUAGGAUUGGAUAGCAGAGUUUGAACAGUUUGCUUGUAUAAAGUCUGAGUGUGAAUUUCCUGGUUCAGACAGUGGAUCAAAAACUAUCUGACUGUUGCCAUAAGCCUCAAUGACAAUCUCCAGUCUGGUGUAAUAAAGUAUUUGGGAGGAGUGGUCCAUCUCCUGCUGCUCUUGGCAGUUAUAGAGCUCUGAGCUUGUAACUCUCCCGCUCUGGGCAGCCAGUCAACCAGAGUGUGAUGAUCCAUGGCCUUGAGGAAGUUUUUACUGCUUUGUUCUGUUCUCUCUGCUGCUCAGUGUUGUGAUAGAGUGAUGAUGCUAUGCCUCAGACCAUGUGAUCCUUCUCUCUAUGACUCACCAUUAGGGUAGAUAGUCACAUGGCUGUUCUAUUUUUAGAUUUCUCUCUCUCCUUCCUCACUCAGUCAACUUUAGCUCCCUCUGUCAUAAAAUCAUGCAUAAUUUCACUGGUGUCACAUUUUAUUAAUGUUAAUACAUUUUUCUGUUAUUAAAUGUGGAAGUGAAUAAAAGUGUUAGGCUACAUCUCUUAAUGUAAUGUGAAACCUCAACAUAAAUCAUCCAUACUGACUACUGUACUAACCUGGCUUUUCUCCCUGUUUCAGUUGCUGGCUGCCUGUGUCAAUAACAGUGGAAGAAUAUUUCACUUAGAAAUCUGCUCGCGGGAGUUUGCCACUGACGUCCGAACUGUGUUGAGCAGGGUACGGAAGCUGUCUCAAGUUUUUCUGUUGCAAUAUUUGUGCUGAAUUGAUGAUGUUAAGACUUACACAUGUGAGCAAGCAUAACAAUCAACUGAGAUUGCGUCAUCUGUGGAUCUGUUGGGGCAGUAUGCGAAUUGGAGGGGGUCUAGGGUUUCCGGGAUGAUGGUGUUGAUGUGAGUCAUGACCAGCCUUUCAAAGCACUUCAUGGCUACCGACAUGAGCGCUACGGGGCGGAAGUCAUUUAGGCAGGUUGCCUUCGCUUUCUUGGGCACAGGGGCUAUGGUGGUCUACUUGAAACAUGUAGGUAUUACAGACUCGGUCAGGGAGAGGUUGAAAAUAUCAGUGAAGACACUUGCCUGUUGGUCCGCGCAUGCUCUGAGUACCUUGAAAGCGGCAGCUCUAGCGUUUAGCUCGGUGCGGAUGUUGCCUGUAAUCCAUGGCUUCUGGUUGGGAUAUGUAUGUACUGUCACUGUGGGGAGGACGACGUCGUCAAUGCACUUAUUGAUGAAGCCGGUGACUGAGGUGGUAUACUCCUCAAUGCCAUUGGAUGAAUCCCGGAACAUAUUCCAGUCUGUGCUAGCAAAACAGUCCUGUAGCGUAGCAUCUGCGUCAUCUGACCACUUCUGUAUUGAGCGAGUCACUGGUACUUCCUGCUUUAGUUUUUGCUUGUAAGCAGGAGGAUAGAAUUAUGGUCAGAUUUGCCAAAUGGAGAGUGAGAGAGAGCUUUGUAUGCAUCUUUGUGUGUGAAGUAAAGGUGGUCUAGGGUUUUUUCCCCCUCUGGUUGCACAUGUGACAUGCUGGUAGAAAUGAGGUUAAACGGAUUUAAGUUUUCCUGCAUUAAAGUCCCCGGCCACUAGGAGCGCCGCUUCUGGAUGAGCAAUUUUUUGUUUGCUUAUGGCCUUAUACAGCGCGUUGAGUGCGGUCUUCGUGCCAGCAUUGGUUUGUGGUGGUAAGUAGAUGGCUACGAAUAAUAUAGAUGAGAACUCUCUUGGUAGAUAGUGUGGUCUACAGCUUAUCAUGAGGUACUCUACCUCAGGCAAGCAAUACCACGAGACUUCUUUAAAAUUAGACAUCGCGCAUCAGCUGUUAUUGACAAAUAGACACAAACCCCUGUCCCUCGUCUUACCAGACGUAGCUGCUCUGUCCUGCCGAUGCACGGAAAACCCAACCAGCUCUAUAUUAUCCGUGUCGUUGUUCAGCCAUGACUCGGUGAAACAUAAGAUAUUACAGUUUUUAAUGUCCCGUUGGUAGGAUAGUCUUGAUCGUAGAUCAUCCAGUUUAUUCUCCAGUGAUUGCACGUUGGCCAAUAGGACGGAUGGUAGUGGCGGUUUACCCACUCGCCGACAAAUUCUCACAAGGCACCCCGACCUCCACCCACUGUAUCUCUGUUUUUUCUUCAUGCGAAUGACGGGGAUUUGGGCCUGGUCUCAGGAAAGCAGUAUAUCCUUUGCAUCGGAUAUAUACUCAUUAAAGAAAUAGUCUUUGUCUAGUUCGGGGUGCGUAAUCGCUGUUCUGAUGUCCAGAAGCUCUUUUCGGUCAUAAGAGACGGUAACAGCAACAUUUUGUACAAAAUAAGUUAUAAACAAUGCGAAAAAACAAACAAAAUAGAACAGUUGGUUAGGAGCCCAUCAAAUGGCAGCCAUCCCCUAUGGCACCAUUAUUAUCAUUCAGCUGGCUCUUUAUGUCAAUGUUUUAUUUGUAUCUACCUCUAUCAAAUAAGUAGCCUAAUAAUAAUUACUAUUAUCCCCCCUGCAGGCCCACCCCAAGGUGUGUGACAAGAUGAAGGGGAUGAUGGUGGAGUGGUGUGAUGGGUUCCAGAAAGAUCCACAGCUCAGUCUGAUCAGUGCCACCAUCAAGUCUCUGAGAGAGGAAGGGGUUGUCUUUCCAUCCUCUGGGUCACAGGUAAAGUAGUCAACAGCCUAGCAUUUAUCACCCUAAUCCAGUGUUGCCUCUAUCAUUGUAUAGGCUGGGCAGUCUCCCCUCACUACUAACUCUGUUACCCCCCUGCCUAAAAGAGUUUGGUUUUUAUUUGUUUCAAUUGACAAUUUUGGUGCCAGAUGGUCUGGAUUUUGCUUUGUUCUUUGAGGGCCUCUGCACCUCACCUGGAAAAUAGAGCCAUUUGAACCGCAUUUUUGUCUUUUUUUAAAUUAAAUUUGAGCCCUUUUUCUCCCCAAUUUUGUAAUAUCCAAUUGGUAGUUACAGUCUUGUCCCAUCGAUGCAACUCCCCUACGGGGGAGGCAGUGCCUUAGACCACUGCGCCACUCGGGAGGCCCCCACAAAUAUUUUUUAAAUGUACUAUAUCAGUACUCUACCAUCUUACAGGGCUCUACGCUGAUAUAUAUAUAUUUUUAAUGUUGGAGCACAUAAAAAAAUUCAGGAGAACAAAUGAAUAAUAUAAAUAAAAAAAAAUUAUAUAAGAAUUGCCAGCAAUUGCAAAAUACAGGGUUAAGGAGCACCAGAACAUUUUAUUUGUAAGAUUGAGAUCUAGGCCUAUAUGAAUCCUAGCUACUUUUGGAGUUCAUCUCCUGAAGAAGCUAUUUAUUUUAUUUGGUGUACUUUUUUUCUAGGGGCACUGGUGCUCCCAAAUAUAAAUUCCAGGUAGCACAGCAAAAUAUUUAGGAGCAUAUGCGACCAAAAAUGUAGCAUUGUAGAGCCCUGUCUUAUUGUAGCUGUCGCCAGACUCGCCUACGAAACACAAGACAACUGUUAUUGGCUAACUCCAACACAAAGCUCUCCUCAUGACUUCAACCUGUGGUCCACUGUAAGCAAAUAAGCUCUGUGUGUGUACUUUCACUGGCCCCAGUGCAGUGCGGUCUGUCCGUGUCCUCAGUGUGCUGCUCUCCCAUGUGUUGCCAAUACAGAGGAGGAUGGAGCUUGUCUCUGUAUUUUUUAAGGCAUGACCUCCGAAUGGAAUUUCCUCUAACAUACUUCAUGUAAUAUCUAAGUUCUCCCUAUAAGGGGAUUAGAAUUCCUUUUGUGAUUGUAUGUGAGGGACAGUCUGGUACUUUAUUAAUUUGGUUGAAAUGGUGGGCUGAGUGUCCUAUUCAAUCUUAAAGGCCCAGUGCAGUCAAAAUUCAGUUUUUCCUGUUUUGUAUGAUAUUGUACAACAGCUGAUGAAACUAAAACUGUGAAAACAUUUGAUCAGUGUUAUUUCCUGAUAGUUGCUGGUUGAAAAUACAAUCUACACAAGACCUUCCAAUCAGCAGGUUUGCAUGGGCGGGAGUUUCGGCUUACCAUGGUGACAUUAGCAUGAUGUAAAUUUGUUAAUAGGCCAAUCACAAAGAGUUCCAAACCUCUCUGCCAAUAACAGCUAGUUUUCAAUUUCCCCCUCCCCACUCAGAUCACUCCGACAGUCCAAGCUAAAUAGCCUAGUUUUUUGAUAAAAUCUAUUAAAGUAAAGUACUUAAUUGUUACACAGAAAUGAUUUGUUAUUGAUAUAAAGCUGCUUGAUUGGGCCUUUUAAUAAAUUACACUGUGAAGUAUUUGCUACUGAAAUUGGACUUUGCCCAACCCCUCUCACAGACAACAAUUUAUUCUUCAUACUGUAGUCAAUGUCACUAUUUUCCAGAUGUUAGGCUAUAUUUGUUUGCAUAUGAAGCUCCUGAGUGGCGCAGUGGUCUAAGGCACUGCAUCGCAGUGCUAGCUGUGCCACUAGAGAUCCUGGUUCGAAUCCAGGCUCUGUCGUAGCCGGCCGUGACCGGGAGACCCAUGGGGCGGCACGCAAUUGGCCCAGCGUCGUCCAGGGUAGGGGAGGGAAUGGCCGGCAGGGAUGUAGCUCAGUUGAUAGAGCAUGGUGUUUGCAACGCCAGGGUUGUGGGUUCGAUUCCCACAGGGGGUAUAAAAAAAUAAAUAAUGUAAGUCGCUCUGGAUAAGAGCGUCUGCUAAAUGACGUAAAUGUAAAUGUAAAUGUAAAUGAAGCGAUUGCAUUUUUAUGGCAUUCAUUGUCCUAUUUAAUUUUAGGAGCUCCUUUACUCUUAAGGAAUCCACAUGCUUCCCAUACGAAACAGUUCAGAACAGUGUGUGCAUAUAUUAUGAUGACAUUUUUGUUUGUUUUGGUCUUCGGCAAGUGUUUUAUCGGCUGUUCGUGCACACCAUUUUUCUUGAGGCAAGCAGAAGUCUACGCCCCUUCGUCGGUGAUUGGUCAACAGUAGGGAUUCUUCAAUGAAGUAUUUGUCAUUCAACGAGAGACUAAUUGUUUUCACCCACAUUUCUUUUCACUUGAGAAAUACUGCAGCAAACACCUUAGUUAGAUGUAAAAUUGCGUGACUUAAGAUCUCCUUGACAAAAAUCUCCUUGACAAAAAUUAGAUUAAUUCUGACGCUACUGCUUCUCAAGAUAGACAAACAGUACUAUUGCCGCUUUUUUCUUGUUUUUCAAGCAAAGGUCUUUUAAGGGAGUAUGCGAGCCACUCGUCCCGUUCGCUUAGCCGAGUUUGGCUAGGCGCCAGCCGAACCGAAGCAUGCUGACGCCUUUAUUCGCAUCGCACUCUCUUUACUACCAAAAGACUGCCUGUAAAGCCUGUAGUACCUAUGAAUCCCUACAGGUGGCAUCACAGUCACAGCUAAUCCAAAUCCCCUCUGCUCUGGAAGGCUGUCUCUCUCUAACCAACCGCCUCUUAUCAACAGGGGUCCAGCCUAAAGGGCACCACUCCUGCUGUUAGUAAACCAUCUGACAAUGACGACCUGGCCAAAGGUACAGAUAAUAUCCAACAGAUUCUAGAAUACCACAUAAUAUUACAUUAUGAACUGUGCAUGUUGAAGAAUGAAUUAAUACAUUUAUUAGACACAUUAAAAUCAUUGAGAAUGACACACACAAAAAAGUGUAGAACAGUGUAUUUCCAUUGUGUUCCACUGCCUCUGUCCUCCUCCCAUCUGCAGCCAUCGAGCUGUCCCUGCAGGAGCAGAAGCAGUGUGCGGAGACACGACCCCUCACCGUGACCUCCGACCCCCCCUUCAACACUAACGGGGGCGGCAGUAGCAGGGACUCCCGGAAGGUGCGGGCGCUCUACGACUUUGAGGCGGCCGAGGACAACGAGCUCACCUUCAAGACCGGGGAGCUCAUUCUCGUCCUGGACGACAGGUAGCUAACGACAUGCUAUGGAAACCUGGCUCUGACCCCCUGCUGUGAUGACCGAUAUGAUGGCCUACUGUAUAUGCAUAUAUCUUCAGUCAUAUAUCUAGUGUCCACUCUGUUGUUUUGCAGUGCAUGCAUUCAUUUCAUUUACAAUGGGAAUGGUUUACUUACAAGAAUGUUUGAACUGAUUAAACCAUGUUGAUGCCACAGUGACCCAAACUGGUGGAAAGGAGAGAACCACAGAGGAGUAGGUCUCUUCCCGUCCAACUUCGUCACGACCAACCUCAAUGCUGAGCCUGAACUAGGUACGUUUCCCCUGUCCAGUACCAUACCUUUGUCUCAUCCUGAGGCACGGAGAGUCGUUCUAGUGUAUGGUUUCAUGUUUUCAAUCCUGGCUCUGGAUAAGAGCGUCAGCUAAAUGUCUAAAAUGUCAAAUGUAAAUCCCUCUCCUACCAGUAACGUAUGUGGAGAAGACGCCAGCCCCGGAGGAGCCCAGCAUAGAAGCCAAUGUAGAGCCUGAGCCUGUCUUCAUAGAUGAGGUGGGUGGUUCUACGUACCAGGCCUACUGCAUGGCUGUCCAUACAUGUAGGCCUAUAUCAUGUAUCUUUUUUAUUAGAUAGAAACAGUCCUCCAUCAGUUCUGAUCGUUUGACCAUUGAAAACCCUCAUCAGUCUGUCAGUUGUAACUUAGUAAAACGUUGAGAAUGGUUAAUAAAGUCUGACAUUGCAACUUUGUAUAACAAGCAAUGUAACAUCGUAUAACAAGACUCUCUUUCUCCCCCUCUCCCCCUCUCUCACCCCCACCUCUCUCUUCCUUUUCUCUCUCUCCCUCUUUCCCCCCCUCUCUUGCUCAAUCAUCCCCACCUCUCUCUACCUCUUCCUCCCUCUCUCAUAUCCACCUCUCUCUCCCUCUUCCUCCCUCUCUCAUCCCCACCUCUCUCUCUCCCCUCUCCCCUCUCUCUCUCCCCUCCCCCCUCUCUCUCUGCAGGAAAAGAUGGAUAGAGCGCUCUAUCUUCUCCAGAAUACAGACCCUGCUGAUGCAGCACCUGACUGCCAAGAACUGGUCCAGCUGGAGGGUAUAAAACAUUGACUUAAUGCUCUUAUAAAUCCUAGUAGCCAUGUUCACUGACACUGGAGAUGGCCUAUAUAGUAACACACAGUUGGCUUGACAACUGUUUUUGUCUGUUUAGCCUCACCUUAUCAAUGCUUUACCCACCCAGGUGCUUGUGAGCAGAUGAAUCCAAUGAUUGAUGACAAGCUGGAAGACAUUGACAGGUAAAGUGAAUUUAACUGCAGUAUAAUUAUUCAUAAUGGACUAUUAGAGGCUAUACUAUUGCAUGUCACAGUUUAUUUCUAUUGGUUAGGCAAAUAUGUUGUACAGAGUUAUUCAAAUUGUAUUUAGUUAUACCUACUUCAAAUCAAAUGUUAUUGGUCACAUACGCAUAUUUAGCAGAUGCUAUUGCGGGUGUAGCGAAAUGCUUGUGUUCCUAGCUCCAACAGUGCAGUAGUAUCUAACAAUUCACAACAAUACACACAAAUCUAAAAGUAAAAGAAUGGAAUUAAGAAAUAUAUACUUUAUAUUGACUGUAUCUGGAUGAGUACCAUGAACAUCAGCUGGACAGAACCCUGAGUCUUUGUCGUGAUGACCUGUUCUCUAUCCUCAUCUUGUCUCUCCUCUCUCCAAUGUCUUUCUCACUUUCUCCACCCCUCCCUCCCCCAUUCCCUCUCCCCUUCUCUCCCUCUCCCUGGCAGGCAACACUCUGAGCUAUCUGAGCUGAAUGUGAAGGUGCUGGAGGCCUUGGAACUCUACAACAAACUGAUGAACGAGGCACCAUUCUACACAGCCUACUCCAAACUGCAGUCCCAGCAGCAACCACAGCAGCACCAAUACACACCUGCCUCCCAAGUCCCCAUGCAGGUCAGUUAGGAGAAACAAACUAUCUAACCACUGUCACAUAUACUACAUGACCAAAAUUAUGUGGACACCUGCUCGUCGAACAUCUCAUUCCAAAAUCAUGGGCAUUAAUGUGGAGUUGGUCCACCCUUUGCUGCGAUAACAGCCUCCAAUCUUCUGGGAAAGCUUUCCACUAGAUGUUGGAACAUUGCUGUGGGGACAUGCUUCCAUUCAGCCACGAGCAUUAGUGAGGUCGGGCACUGAUGCCUGGCUCUCAGUCGGCAUUCCAAUUCAUCCCAAAGGUGUUCGAUGGGGUUGAGGUCAGGACUCUGUGCAGGCAAAUGAAAUUGUUCCACACCGAUCUCGACAAACCAUUUCUGUAUGGACCUCGCUUUAUGCACGGGGGCGUUGUCUUGCUGAAACAGGAAAGGGCCUUCCCCAAACUGUUGCCACAAAGUUGGAAGCACAGAAUCGUCUAGAAUGUCAUUGUAUGCUGUAGUGUUAAGAUUUCCCUUCACUGGAACUAAGGGGCCUAGCCCAAAUCAUGAAAAACAGUCCCAGACCAUUAUUCCUCCACCACCAAACUUUACAGUUGGCACUAUGCAUUGGGGCAGGUAGCGUUCUCCUGGCAUCCGUCAAACCCAGAUGUCUGUCGGACUGCCAGAUGGUGAAGCGUGAUUCAUCACUCCAGAGAAUGCGUUUCCACUGCUCCAGAGUCCAAUGGCGGCGAGCUUUACAUCACUCUACCCGACGCUUGGCAUUGCGCAUGGUGAUCUUAGACUUGUGUGCGGCGGCUCGGCCAUGGAAACCCAUUUCAUGAAGCUCCCGACGAACAGUUCUUGUGCUGACGUUGCUUCCAGAGGCAGUUUGGAACUCGGUAGUGAGUGUUGAUUUUUAUGCGCUUCAGCACUCGGCGGUCCCGUUCUAUGAGCUUGUGUGGCCUACCACGUUGUGGCUGUGCCGUUGUUGCUCCUAGACGUUUCCACUUCACAAUAACAGCACGUACAGUUGACCGGGGCAGCUCUAGCGGGGCAGAAAUUUGACGAACUGACUUGUUGGAAAGGUGGCAUCCUAUGACUGUGCCACGUUGAAAGUCACUGAGCUCUUCAGUAAGACCAUUCUACUGUCAAUGUUUGUCUAUGGAGAUUGCAUGGUGGCGUGCUCGAUUUUAUACACCUGUCAGCAACGGGUGUGGCUGAAAUAGCCGAAUCCAUUAAUUUAAAGGGGUGUCCUCAUACUUGUGUGUGUGUGUGUAUAUAUAGUGUACUUUCUGUUUAGGUCACCACCUCGUGAAGGCCGAGAGACUAUGGCAGUGUCCAAAAUGGCAUCCUAUUCAUAUGGUGGGCUCUGGUCAAAAGUAGUGGACUAUAUAGGGAAUAGGAUGCCAUUUCAGACGCAGACCAUGUGUUUUGUCUGCUGUGCUGUUUGUCCCUGAUGAUGGAUGUCAGAGUCCCUCCUUGGAGACGAAUGGGAGACUCCAGUGGGUCAUGCUUGGACUGUUUUACCACCUCACUUUCUGCACCGCUUUGCAAAACCCGUUUAGAAACAAUCUGUUCCUUGUUGUUUACCUAGCUGCACCUCUAGUAAUGUUGUUGGUUUUUCCAAACGCAUGUAUAGUUUAGUGGAGUAAUGCAAUGUACAGUGUACUAUGAAAUGUGUUUCAUCCAAUUUCACAUUGAACAUGGUCUCUUUUGCUCCCCCCUCCCUCUCUCAGGGUUACCCAGGUCAGCCUGGUGGUUCCUACAUGCCUCCAGGGAUGCCCCAGGGCCCCCCAGCCCAGCAGGCCUACAUGGGCUCUGACCAGCCCGGACCCCUCCACUCACUCCCCCCUAACGUCACAUCUCCCAACAGUCAGCCAUCACAGCUUCCUUACAGGUAGGCCUCUCCUCAGGGUUACACGUCUCCUCAGUAUACCAGUACUUUACAGGGUUACACGUCUCCUCAGUAUACCAGUACUUUGCAGGGUUACACGUCUCCUCAGUAUACCAGUACUUUGCAGGGUUACACGUCUCCUCAGUAUACCAGUACUUUACAGGGUUACACGUCUCCUCAGUAUACCUGUACUUUGCAGGGUUUUCACGUCUCCUCAGUAUACCAGUACUUUGCAGGGUUACACGUCUCCUCAGUAUACCAGUACUUUGCAGGGUUACACGUCUCCUCGGUAUACUAGUACUUUACAGGGUUACACGUCUCCUCAGUAUACUAGUACUUUACAGGGUUACACGUCUCCUCAGUAUACCAGUACUUUGCAGGGUUACACGUCUCCUCAGUAUACCAGUACUUUACAGGGUUACACGUCUCCUCAGUAUACCAGUACUUUACAGGGUUACACGUCUCCUCAGUAUACCAGUACUUUGCAGGGUUACACGUCUCCUCAGUAUACCAGUACUUUGCAGGGUCACACGUCUCCUCAGUAUACCAGCCCUGACUAGGCAACUAGCUAGCUAAACGGCAGCCAUUUUGUGAGGCCAUUCUUGUGUCUGCAUGUUUGUGUUUUGAGACAUCCCACUAGUGGAUUUGUGACUAUUACAUUUUUUGGGGUGGCAUUGCUCCUGUGUUAAGAGGGUUACAUGUCUGCCUUAAUGCUUGUGUUAGGCAGUAGGUGGCUAAUAUUGUACCAUUCUGUCUCUUCACCGCAGUGUACCAUAUGCACCUGCCGGAUACCCUCCACAGAUGGGUGUGGCCCCACAGAUGGACAUGUCAGCCUACCAGAAUGCCAACCUGCCUCCAGCCUCCUAUCAAAUCGCUGCUCCAUUGCAGCAGGCCCCACAGCAGCAACAGGCGUACUAUCAGCAGCCUCUCCUGUAAAGGCAGACCGUGCAGCAGCAUAUCCCCAUCAACAGACACAGUACAAUGACACAAUCAUCCCCCCCCC